AUAUUCAGGGCCAUCUCUAGGCCUGGGCUGGGUGGUGCAAUGCGCCAGGGCGCCUGGCCACCAGGGGCGCUACUGCGCCAGACAGCUGAGCUGAUGUCUGAGAAUGACUUUCCUCCCUUCCAGAGGGAAGUGAUUGCGCACGGGGCCAGCCUCCUGUGUCUGCAGGGGAGUGUGGUUGGCCCCCUGCACCAGCCCUUCCCCCCCACCGCAUCAUACCACUCUGCCAGCCAAUAGGGCUCAUGGGGGGCGGAGUCCCGCUCAGUAACUGCUGCUGCGGCGGGAAUUAUUUCUCUUUGCUUCCUGCUCUCAUCGGAUCAAGACAUUGGCUGAAGACCUUGCUGGGUUCUUUCCUUCAGCUGCGUGGCUUCUUUAGAGCUCCUGCUCUCACAGCUGGCUGCUGAGUUUUUGAGCCUGCCUGCCACGUUUUUCUUUCUUUCUCAUUUGUUUUCUGCAUCCACCGUUUGCAUUCCUGUGCAUGAGUGGCUCCCCUUUGCAGGUUGAGCCUUCUUGCGGCCAGAGGAACACCACGUGGAGAGAGCAAGGAGCAGCUGGUAUUAGGAAUAUUGGGACAUUGAUGUUAUGGCGAAAAUUGACGUUGUGGCGAAUUUUUUUGUGGCAAAAGCACAGAAUUGGUACGUCAGACUCUGAAGAGGCACUGGGAAUAAAAGCCGUCACAAAGACAACACAGGGAAGUGGAAAACAUAUUAAGUACAGCUUGGCUGGACAAAGUAUCUGAUUAAAGCACAUUUUUAAGUAGUAUUUUAAAAGGGUGCUUUCUCACCACAUUAUGUAGCCCAAACUGUGCGUGAAUCUGCAAUCCAGUGAUCUGCUUUGAACAUAUGUCAAGAAACUGCAAAACUCAGUGUAACUAGAGCUGAGUAGCAUUUACUGUGAGGUCUGUGGAUCCUCCUGGGAGAAAGAAAUGAUGGGUUCCUCUGAAACUGAAAACACAGAGCAAAAGAUCCCUAUGAUUCCAGAUGCAGCUAAGAAUGGGGAAAGUAAUGGAAGCACCAUACAAGCAAGAGGCAAGGAAAAGCGAAAACAGCAGCAGCAGCAGCAGCAGCAGCAGCAACAACAACAACAACAACAUGAAGCAAAAGUCUCUCCGAAACUGAGCAAUUUUCUAUAUGGUCUGAGCAAUAAAGGAAAAGAGAAACUUCCUUUUAGUGCACUAACCGUGAGCUUGGUCGUUAAUGCCAUUCUGAUCCUUAUCAUCAUCCUCAGCAUUCUUUUAUCAGGGAGAAGUUGUGAAGUAUUGCCAACAGUGCAACCUUCUCCUUCCACUCCAACUGAGUGCUGUCCAAAUGGCUGGAUAGGCUACCAAAGGAAAUGCUACUAUUUUUCAGAGAGUGACAGAAACUGGACUUAUAGCCAGAAUUACUGUGCCUCUUUCAAUGCCUCUUUGGUCGUGAUUGACUCCCAAAAAGAGAUGAACUUCUUGAGACGAUACAAAGGUCCUGCUGACUACUGGAUUGGUCUCCAAAGGAUGAAUGACCAGGAACCUUGGAAAUGGAUCGAUGGCACCAUUUUCAACAACUGGUUUGAAAUUAGGGGAGGAGGAGAAUCUGCUUACAUUUACAAUCAAGGUGUUGCCAGCUCUAGCGGCCGACGGGAAGAACCCUGGAUCUGCAGCAAACCAGUUCACAAAUGAGAAAGGGCAGUGGAUGCUAAUUUGGCCGGGGUUAGGGGGCGUGUUGUAAGAAUUUUGGGGUCAUAUAUAAAAAAUUAAAUGUUCAUAAGUGUAUAUAUCAAUCACGUCUUAAAUGGUACAGGAAGGCAAUCCUGAAGCCAUUUUGAUUCUC